AGCUGGAUGCUGAAGCUGGGCUGCCCAGCUCAGAGGCUUCAGUAUCCUGGGAAAGGAACGGAAGGAGGGAAGCACGAGCAAGAAAAAAACAACAGGGAAGCAGAGGAGUGAAACGAAGUCGAGAAACAUGGAAACUUCCCAGAAACACAGCUGUGAAAGCAUGUCCAAGGACUUGUCAGAGCUCAUGAAGGAAGCUACCAAGGAGGUGCAUGAGCAGGCGGAGAACACGCCAUUCAUGAAGAAUUUCCAGAAGGGGCAGGUGUCGCUCCAUGAGUUUAAGCUAGUUACAGCAUCCUUGUACUUCAUCUACUCUGCUCUAGAAGAAGAGAUUGAACGGAACAAGAACAACCCAGUUUUUGCCCCUGUGUAUUUUCCGGCAGAGCUGCACCGGAAAGCUGCCCUGGAGGAAGACUUGGAGUAUUUCUAUGGCAGCAACUGGAAGGAAGAGAUCCCAUGUCCUGAGGCUACUCAGAAAUAUGUUGAUAGGCUCCACUACGUAGGCAAGAACCACCCAGAGCUCCUGGUGGCCCACGCCUACACUCGCUAUUUGGGAGACCUGUCUGGGGGGCAGGUGCUGAAGAAAAUUGCCCAAAAGGCCCUACAGCUGCCCAGCACUGGGGAAGGGCUGGCUUUCUUCACCUUUGACGGAGUCUCCAACGCCACCAAGUUCAAGCAGCUCUAUCGAUCCCGCAUGAAUGCCCUCGAGAUGGAUCUUGCCACUAAGAGAAGAGUCUUGGAAGAGGCCAAGAAAGCAUUCCUGCUAAAUAUACAGGUGUUUGAGGCGCUGCAGGAGCUGGUGUCUAAGGGCCAGGAGAAUGGUCACCCUGGGCAGCCAAAGAUGGAGCUUCGCACAAGGAAUGCUAACAAAUCACAUGAGCGUGGUCCAGCACCUGGGAAAGAAAGUGAAAGGACAAAGAAGAGGCACACAAACAUGAUUCCCACCACUCCCCUGGUGCGGUGGAUCCUGGCACUCAGCUUCCUAGCCACGACAGUUGCUGUGGGCUUAUUUGCCAUGUGAAGAAGCAGGACCUUCAUCUCCUCCUCAUGCCUUCCCUGAUCCUGAACUAAUCCAACUUUCCCAGUCCUUCUCAGAGAAAUUUACCCCCGACUGGGUACUGUGAUCUUGGCUCUGCCACUAAUAUUAGGAGACUUCUCUCCCCAGAAAUCAAAGAAUGCUGUAGAGGGGGGGGUUCAGGCAAAGUCUCUCCUGUGCUUGGUGUGAGCUCUUCUCAGAGACUAACUUUAUCACCAAAAACUAAGGGUAGAAAAGGCUAAAAGCAAUGGCCAAGAAUUGUUGCUUAACAGAGAGCCUGCAAAAAUCCUACAGGAUCAGAAAUGCAGCUUUGACAUCUGUCUCUCCUCAGAAACAUGAAGAUCUUUGGAGCUCCAUUUCCUCAGUUUUUUUAUACUGCUAGAUAAUACUGUGAUCACUUUUUCUGUGGAGCCACAUGGCUCUUGUGGGUUAUAGACUGGUUUAUAUGACACUAGUAGUUCUUUGUUAACUCUUUUUCCCAAUCAGUUUUGGUUUUUAAAAAGCAGAAGACAGCUGUUGAAAAUACAGUGUCAUUCUUGUCUGUUCGUAUAAUUUAUACACAUAAUAAAUGUCAAUAUAAAGUCUU